AUGAUAAUGGAUCUACGAAAGCAGUUUUCAAAAACUUGUAGAACUAGAACUAUCGUACCAAGCGCAGGAACACCAGAAACAAAUAACGCUUCGACUGACACUCACACUUCACCAAGUGGUGUAACCCCUGCAAGUAGUCAUCCUUCAAGCGACAGUCACACUUCAUCAAGCAGUACAGCACUAUCAGAAGCAACCCACAGUUCGAUCCACACUUCACCAAGCGCCGCAACGUCAGGAAAGAGUCAUCAUCCCACUCGCCCUCGUACUUCACCAAGUAAUGCAACAGCUACCGAAAGUUACCCGUGGACUGUGAGCGACAGUUCACCAAGUCAUGCAACAUCCGGAGCAAGUCACGCUUCGACUGACGCUCACACUUCACGAAGAGGUUCAACCCCUGCAAGUAGUCAUUCUUCGAGCGACAGUCACGUUUCAUCAAGUGCACUAACACUGGCAAUAAAUGAAGUUUCGACUGACACUCCAACUUCAGGCAGUAGCGCAACAUUACAAGCCACUUACCGUUCGACUCACACUUCCGCAGAUGCUGCAACAUCAGGUGCAAGUAACGCUUCAAGCGACAGCGACCGUUCACCAGGUAUUGCAACAUCUUCCGCGAAUCACCACUCGACUGACACCAAUAGUCCACCAAGUGCCCCAACACUAGACAAAAGUGAUCGAUCCACUCGCCAACAUAGUUCACCAAGUACUGGAACACUUUCCGUGAACGCUUCACCAAGUAGCGCAACAUCCCCCGGAUCCCACCUUUCGAGUCACAGUUCGGCUGUCAUUGAUACUCGACCAACUAGCCCAGAGCCGGUAAGCAAUCCACAUGUGUUAAGGCUGCAAAUACCGUGGAGAAACAUUGUCUGCAGUUGAAACAUAGUCUUUGCGCCC